AUGAUCAAGUCAGAUAUCUCCCUCUCACUGUCACCAAUCUCAGCUCCGUUCACACAGACUCGAAUAAACUUUCAGGCCAAGCCACAGCCAUGCCCAAAGCAAUCCACCCUUCGGCCCGAGAUGCGUCCAAGCGAGGGGAAGCUAUCGGCUCUUUUUGUCCCCAAGGCCAAGGGCCCUCCCUUCGGAAGAGCCAAAGGCCACGUGCGAAAGAAGCAUCCGGUUCCCGUCAUGCACGGUUUAUCGUUCGUUCGGGCCCUGAUGAAGAACUGAACUGGACUGAGACGAGACGAGGCGAGGCGAGACAAGGGUUGGUGACGAUCUGCAAGAGUCUUUUUGGGGUUUGGGCUGAAACAUGAGUCGACGGGUCUGGCGAUGCGCUAGAUUGCGAUGACAUUUGAGGCCUGACAAUCAAUUAUUAUCAAGUCGGAAUCGUCGGUCUUUGACUUCUCAAGCAUGUCGAUAAGAUACUUGAUUCAGUUAUGAUCAUCAUAUUCAAUUCCUCCAUCUUGAAGCAUCACCACUCAUGUCCACCCGAUUAUGAUAAUGUCAACAUCAAAAUAGUCGACGCCACAUCAAUCAAUCAAUCAAUCAAGAGUCCUCCUACCGUCCGUCCCGUCCUAAACAAGCGCCAUUCAUUUAGUCAACGGCACCUCCGACGACGCCUCAGACCGACCGAGAUGAAUCGGGAACUCAAAUCAUCUAACAUCGUAGACUACUAACGUCAAUCCUCGGAUCUCGAACCGACAAGCAUUCAGUCUGGCAGUGAAGAUUAGAGUCUGACAGCACAGAGUACAAUUGUGAUGAGAUGCAUAUCUGGC